AUGUCUGAUGUCACUGUUGACUGGAUUGAUGAACACCAGCUACAGCGUUUAGAUGAAAUGCUGAUUGUUGUUGAUGAAAACGACAAGGUCAUUGGUGCAGACACCAAGAGGAAUUGUCAUCAGAACGAAAACAUCGAAAAAGGGCUGCUCCACCGAGCCUUCAGUGUUGUUCUGUUUAACUCAGAGAAGAAGGUUCUGAUUCAGCGCCGAGCGGACACGAAACUUACUUUCCCUGGGUACUUUACUGACUCCUGUUCCAGUCAUCCACUAAGUAAUCCUGAAGAACUAGAAGAAAAAGAUGCCUUGGGUGUGAAGAGGGCAGCCCUGAGACGUUUGCAGGCUGAGCUGGGCAUCCCUGAGGACCAGGUUUCUCUAGAGGACAUCGUGUUUAUGACAAGAUAUCAUUAUAAGGCAAAAUCAGAUGCAGUCUGGGGAGAACAUGAAGUCUGUUACCUUCUGCUUAUUAAGAAGGACGUCACUAUCAGUGCAGAUUGCAGUGAAAUCAGCAGCUUCAACUACCUGACCCGGGAGGAGCUAGAAGGGCUCCUAGAGAGAGGGGCCCAGGGUGAGGUGAAAGUCACUCCCUGGCUGAGAAUCAUUGUGGAGAGGUUCCUGUAUGGGUGGUGGCCUUACUUGGAUGAAGUGACCCAGUUUGUAGAGCUUGAUAAGAUACACAGAGUGUGA